AUGUUGGCCCGACUCACCCAGCUGUCUCGGCAUCUCCCCUCGGCCCAGUCGAUAACACAAGCCGUCAAGCCCGCCGCUUUCCCAAUCUCCGGCUUCGCCCGCAGCAGAAUCAUGGUUUCGGCCGACGAACGCAACACCCGCACGAUUCACACGGCGGCGUGUCUCAUCAUCGGAGAUGAAGUUCUCGGCGGAAAGACGGUUGAUACCAAUUCAGCUUUUAUGGCCAAGUGCGGCGGCAUCGGCCCAACUCACGACGAUAUCACCUACCAGUCAAUAGCAAAGGCCUUUGACCUAUCCCUGGUUCUGAAUCAGGAAGCUUUCCAGAAGAUGAAGAAGCUGUCGAAGCCUCAUCCAGGCCAGCCAGACUUUAACUGGGACGUCGACUCUCCCGCCCUGCAGGCCAAGCUGCGAAUGGUCAUCCUUCCAACCGACGAGAAGCGCGACCCCGGCAAGCAGUUCCUCUUUCCCCACGAGGAUCUCUGGGUGCCGGUCAACGUUGUCAAUGGCAACAUCCACAUCUUGCCAGGCGUUCCACGACUCUUUGAGAAACUCCUGGACGGACUGAAACCGAGCAUCGUCCCCCGACUCACCGAUCCGGAGGGUAAGGGUCUCUGCCGCGUGCUCAUCUCUACUCCGCUCCCGGAGAGCGCCGUUGCCGGAUAUUUGACGCAGCUCGCGGCCAAGGUCGAGCCUAAGGGCGUCAAGGUUGGCAGCUACCCUCGGUGGGGCCAGAACGGCACAGUGACGCUGGUUGGAAGGGACCAGGCUUAUAUCGAGAGCAUCGUUGCCGAAGUCGUCCAAGGUGUCGAAGGUAAACGUGUAAACGCGGAGGGUGAGGAUGAUACCCAGGGCGAAGCAGGAAAAGAUCUCGAAUAA